CCAGUACUGACCGAAUUUGUUCCCAUAAGAAAUAUUGUGAAGUAGAUUAGUCCAUUUCAGACCCCCAAACAUACACGUACAAACACACUUACAUAAAUACACUUACAUAAUUGGUCGCAUUCGGAGGUAAUCGUUAUGCGGGGGUCCACUGUAUAGUAUUUACCAGUACACUAAUAUUGAUAUGCAGUAAAUGUUCGUACAGGAAGCCGAGUCAGCUUGUGUGAACGAGGGAGCUCACUUGGCCUCGGUCCAUGACCUCUCAGAGGAUGCCUUGAUGUGGGUCCUCACUCAGGAAAGUGCUGUUGAUGAUGCCUGGCUUGGCUUCAACAAUUUACAGAGCCAACAGGUGUACAAGUGGUGUGAUGGGUGGCCAACCAUGUACACUAACUGGGACAGAGAUCAACCUAAUGCUACCUCCAGCGACAACAACUGUGUCCGGGUGAAUGUCCACAAUGGUCGCUGGUCGGCAGAGAACUGUGAAGAAGUGAGGCCUUUCAUCUGCAAGUUUUACAAUGGGACAGUCCCAACCCCAGACCACCCAUCAUAGGUCACUG